AUGGGAUUGCUAGGUGUGAAUGGAGCCGGGAAGACUAGUACGUUUCGAGUUCUAAGUGGUCAACAAAGGGCCGAUCGUGGAGCCGUCUUUUUGGAAGACAAAUUGCUGUAUCCUGGAGCCGAUGCGUUUGCUCGUGUCGGCUACUGUCCCCAAUAUGAUGCACUCUAUAUGGAUUUUACACCGCGAGAACACUUGGAAAUUUUAGCCGGCUUCCACGGUUACACAGCUUCGUCUUUACGUGAUGUGGCCACAUACUUGAUGGAAGCUCUUGAUCUGUCACCCUACGCGGACACUAAAGCACGUGCUCUCAGUGGUGGGACAAAGCGUAAAUUGUCCAUAGCCCAAGCUCUCGUGGGCGACCCUACACUCCUCCUGCUCGACGAGCCUACAACCGGAAUGGAUCCGAAAAGUCGCAUGUUUCUUUGGGAGACACCUAGAAACAAAUUGCAGGUGGUUCACUCACUCAAGAAGGGAGGCAAAUGUGUCGUGCUAACAUCUCACUCAAUGGCCGAAAGUGAGGCGUUGUGUGGAAAAGUGGCCAUUAUGGUGAAUGGAGUCAUAAAGUGUGUAGGGACCCCUCUGUUUAUCAAAAACCAAUACGGUACUGGCUACAAUAUUCGUUUACGUCUGCGCUCAACAGAUGAUGCGGAGAAGAUCGUCGUGGCAAAACGUUUCAGAACAGUUUUUCCUGAUGCUUAUCUUGUGGAAACUCAUGGUGCUAUUCUGCACUUCGAGUUGCCACCACCAUGUGAUCUUCCAAAACUUUUCGACUUCACUUCUCUUCAUGCUAGAGACUUAGUGCUGUCGUUUUCGGUGUCUCAAAACAGUCUCGAUCAAGCAUUUGUAAGCUUUGUGAAGGAGCAAGAAGAUCCCGGAGGCAGGCGUCGCGCCCAGUCCGCCUUCUCGACGGGCGACAUUUGUGUUGUAGCCAACCCCGAGUCCGAGUCAGGAUCACUUCGCAUCGACAUCAAGUCGAUAUCUUCGACAUCUUCCAAGACUCUAGCUACGCCAGAUUCUUCCUCUCGCACGAAGGCCUCUUCUGAUGAUGAUGUAGGCAUACGUUAG